AUGGUUUACACACAUUCACCAAAAGAGCCUAUUGCUAUUAUUGGCACCGGGUGUCGCUUUCCCGGAGAUUCGACGUCUCCUUCAAAGUUGUGGGAUUUGCUCUACUCACCGCGGGAUCUCACGAGAGAAGUGCCCGCCGAGUCACGGUUCAACCCCAAGGGCUUUUACAAUGUCGACGGUGAACAUCAUGGAGCCAGCAAUGCAAGCAAUGCGUACUUCAUUGAGGAAGAUCCGCGGUAUUUCGAUGCGGGAUUCUUCAGUAUUGCACCGCGCGAAGCCGAAUCGAUCGACCCGCAACAAAGGCUCCUGCUUGAGACGGUGUACGAAGCCAUGGAAAAUGCGGGACUUACCUUGAACGGAAUGCGAGGCAGCGCGACUUCAGCCUACAUGGGCGCCAUGUCGGCUGAUUACACAGAUACCCAGCUGAGAGAUAUCGAGAAUGUCUCCAAAUACAUGAUUACCGGAACCUCGCGCGCCCUCUUGUCGAAUCGUCUAUCGUACUUUUUUGACUGGAAAGGUCCCUCGAUCAGUGUCGACACGGCGUGCUCGUCCAGUCUGGCAGCCGUGCAUCUUGGUGUUCAGGCCUUGCGCGCUGGCGAGUGUAAAAUCUCCUGCGUGGGUGGCUCGAAUAUAAUUCUCAACGCGGAUUGCUACCUUGCUGCGACCAGUCUUCAUUUGCUUUCACCUACUGGUCGGUCUCAGAUGUGGGAUCAAGCGGCGGACGGAUACGCCCGAGGUGAGGGCGUGUGUGUUUUCUUAAUGAAGAGCUUGUCUCAGGCGUUGCAAGAUGGAGAUCGAAUCGACGCACUCCUCCGAGAGACUUGUGUCAACUCGGAUGGCCGAACACAGGGAAUCGCCUUACCUAGCGCUGAAGCUCAAGUCUCGUUGAUGAGGGCCGCGUAUAAAAACGCUGGGCUUGACCUGUCGAAGGCAGAAGAUCGCCCACAAUACAUUGAAGCGCACGGAACUGGUACUCAAGCCGGAGAUCCUAGAGAAGCAUACGCAAUUGCCACUACGUUUUUCCCGCCUGAAGAAGACCACAGUCAUAGACCCAAACUGGUUGUUGGGUCAGUCAAGACCGUCAUUGGUCACACAGAAGGAUGUGCUGGUAUUGCAGGAAUUCUUAAGGCUGUCCUGGCCAUGCGGCAUAAGACCAUUCCCCCCAACCAACAUUUCCACAACCUCAACCCCAGCGUAAAGCCUUCUUUCAAACACCUUUCAAUAGCUACUUCACCCGAGGCUUGGCCUGUAGUUCCUCCUGACACACCGCUACGGGCAAGUGUUAACGGAUUUGGCUCUGGAGGCACUAAUUGCCACGCCAUUGUGGAAAGUUACGUGCCCGAAAUUCAUGACAACGGCCCUUGGGGAAAGUCUAAAGAGCUGAGACAACUCCCCAACAGUGUCGUCACACCAGACACUGACUUCUCUCCUAUCCCUCUAUUAUUCUCAGCCAGCUCGGGAACAGCCCUCCGUGCCAUGCUAGAGAGGUAUGAAGAGUACCUGCAGAAGACCGAGGUCUCCAUUCUACGCCUGGCCAUGACGCUGAACUCUCAUCGUUCCACUUUGCCAGUCAGGAUCUCCAUCCCUGGGACCUCCAGAGCCGGUGUUCUCGAAGGGAUCCGGACGCAACUUGCCAAAGUCGGUUCAAAUCCUGGCGCAGAGAUUGGCACCCGAUCUUCCGUUCCGGAGUUUGAUCAGGUCAGACGACCCAAGAUUUUGGGUGUGUUUACUGGUCAAGGAGCUCAAUGGGCAGGCAUGGGCCAAGGCCUGAUGGAAAAGAGUGCGCUAUUCAGACAAGUCAUCGAGAUGAUGGAAGAGGCAAUGGCACAACUCCCCGACGGACCAGAGUGGUCUCUGAAAGAGGAGAUUAUGAAACCUCCAAAAACAUCGCGGCUGGGCGAAGCUGAGAUUUCCUUACCAGUCUGUGCAGCACUUCAGGUCGGCCUGGUCAAGGUGCUCUGGAGUGCAGGAAUAACCUUCAGCAUGGUCGUCGGUCACUCUGGUGGAGAGAUUGGUUCUGCCUAUGCCGCAGGCAAAAUCAGCGAGGUUGAUGCCAUCAAGAUUGCUUACUACCGCGGGGUGUACACGAAACUCGCCAUCGGCAAAGAUGGGAAGAAGGGCGGUAUGGUUGCCGUUGGAUUCGGCUACGAAGACGGCCUCAACUUUUGCGCGAUGGAGCAAUUCGCCAAUCGGCUCACUGUUGCUGCCAGCAACUCGCCCAAGAGCGUCACACUUUCAGGAGAUCUCGAUGCUGUUCAUGAGGCCAAGGAAUUACUGGACGCCGAAGGCGUGUUCAAUCGGGUUCUCCGGCUCGACACGGCCUACCACUCGCCGCACAUGUAUCCUUGCGCGGCGCCGUAUCUGGCUGCCAUCGAGCGCUGCGGUCUUGUAGCUGGCGAAUCCAACGGAACCGCCUGGGCAUCCAGCGUGUACGAGGAUAACAGAAUGAUCACUCCGGCCCAGGACAAAGAUAUGGAAGCAGCCUACUGGAAAGACAACCUGAUCGGGAGAGUGUUGUUCUCGCAAGCCGUUGAGCGUGCACUGGACGAGGGUAAUGGCGACUUUGACCUCGCUCUCGAAAUUGGACCGCAUCCUUCUCUCAAGGGACCUACUCUCGAGACAAUCAGACACAAGCUUGGCUCAGAAAUUCCUUACUCUGGCGUGCUAGAUCGCAAGUCAGACGACAUAACGGCCUUGAGUACCGCUCUUGGGUUCUCAUGGUUGACAUUGGGAUCUGGGGUUGUCGACUUUGCAGGGUACGCGUCUGCAUUUGACCCGAGCAAUGCUUCCAUCUUAAAGGCACCUGUUCUGCCUGACCUGCCGACAUAUCCAUGGGAUCACAAGAAGGUCUUGUAUCGCGAGUCCCGUCUUAACAAGAAUGUCCGCAACAGGGUUGAUCCGCCUCACCUGCUCCUUGGUAGCAGAACCCCCGACGAUACGGACUAUGAGCCCAGAUGGCGAAACUUUUUUAUCAUGGACGAGUUACCCUGGUUGCGAGACCAUUGCAUCCAAGGCCAGAUCAUUGUGCCGGCGGCUACCUACUGCGUUAUGGCUCUGGAGGCUGCCAAGGUCCUUUGCCGGGGCAAGAAUGUUCACAGUAUUGAGCUGUCCAAUGUGGCCAUUUUACGCCCUAUCGUCCUAGACGAGGCAUCCGAUGGCACGGAGACCUUGUUUUCUGUGCGCAGCGACCUUGAUUCCCACAAGAACGAGAACGAAAUUCACGCACAGUUCAGUCUCAGCGCUGGCGCCAUGGACGACAGACAUUUGAGAACUGCUGCCACCGGCCAGAUUCGAAUCACCCUUGCCUCGGAAUCGCCAAUCUCAUUCCCCGAUCGACGUCGACAGGCAGAGAUGGAUCUGCUGCCGACCAGCGUCGACAGAUUCUAUACGUCGAUGGACGAGAUCGGGCUGAGCUAUAGCGGACCCUUCAGAGCCAUGACGUCCAUGCAGAGACGUUUGAAUUUUGCAUCUGCUACCGUGGCUGUGGAUAGAGACCUGUCUGGGACGAUUCCUGUUCAUCCCACUUGGCUUGACGCCUGCUUCCAGACCUUCCUCGCAGCUUUCGCUGCCCCUCGCGACGGUUCACUAUGGACAGCCUUCAUGCCCACUACUAUCGGUCGAAUGGUCUUCUCCCCAUCGAGCACUUCCCAAGUUCCUGGCGCUUCGGUAACUGUGGACGCGCACAUUACCGAAUUUGGGCCUGGUUAUGAGGUGGCACUUCCGACACUGACUGGUGAUAUGACCAUUUUCAGCUCCGAGGCCAAUCAGCUACAAGUCAAGAUUGAAGACUUUGUGAUGAGCUCGUUCCUCCCCGCGUCUGAGAGUGAUGACAGGAGGUUUUACCUAAAGAAUGUGUGGGGACAGGAGAUGCUUUCUGGAGCUCUCUGUGCAUCAUCCAAGCACAGCAUCGCCGCCCCAGAAAGCGAGUCAAAGGUUAUUGAUACCUGUGAAAAGGCUGUCCACUACUACCUGUCAAAGCUCAAGGCGGCCGGUUACCUCGACCAGUGGGCUGAUAAGAGCCCCGGGAUACGUUCUCUGCUCAGAGAGAUGGAAGCUCGUGUGACUAGCACACCGACGCAAUCUGAUAUGGUCUCAAUCCUGGAAGAAGUCGGAGAGCACAUCGACCUUGUCCUCGUGCGCACCAUCGGCGAGGGUCUCCUCAACUCGCCAAGUGAGGGCCUCGGCCCAAUUACCCCUUCAUCAAUGGGUGCUCUUAUAUCGCGGUGGCACAAUGAGGGUUUGGGUUUCUCUCAACUCCAGAGUCAUUUCGUGAGUGCAGCUAAACAGAUUUCUCAUCAGCACGCCAAUUUGAGAAUUCUUCAAGUCGGUCCAUCUUCACCAGGACUAGUCCGUUCGAUCUGUCAUGAGCUGGGCCGCGGCUUAGAGAGAUAUACCCUAGUUGAUGACUCAGAGCAUACCAUCGAGGAGAUGAAGACAGCGCUUGCUGCAGACCAGUUACGACUGGAUUUUGCACAGGCCAGUGUCGAGAAUGGCAUCGAGGAGGUUAAUCAUCUGACCAGCGCCGGCCUUUUUGACCUGGUCAUUGUCCACAAGGCCUUUACCAAACAAGUCGCCGCUCUGAAGACGAUCCAAAAUCUGUUGCGUCCCGGAGGUUUUAUUGUCAUGAUGGCUGCGACUGGCGCCCAGCUCCGCUUCCCCUUCAUGUUGCUGUCCGCACUCCCUGCACUUGACGAAGAUGGUUUGGCAGAGACGAGAUUCAUCAACCCUACGCGCGAGGAGACUCACGAGCUUCUUCGACAGAUUGGGUUCUCUGGAGUUGACUCGAUUGCUCUCGACAAUGUACCUGACAAGCAUACAUUCUCUGUCGUCGUCUCCCAGGCCCUUGAUGAUCACAUCACCUUCUUACGCAGCCCGUUGACAUCUCCCUCGCCUGCUCCUCUCAGCGGAAACCUCCUUGUGGUAGGCGGUUUCUCGCCGGAUGUUGCCAAGCUUGCUACAUGUAUUCAAUCAAAGCUGUCGAAUGUUUGGCAGGGAGAGAUCAUCAACGUGCGAACUCUGGCUGAGCUGAGUGAUGAGGCCAGCAGCGUUGAUGCUGUUCUGAGUCUGACUGAUCUUGAUCGUCCAGUCUUAGAGGAUAUCAGAGGCCCAACCUUUAAGGGUCUGCAGACACUCUUCUCAACGGCCAAAACGGUCCUCUGGAUUACCCACCGGGCGAGAGCCGACAAUCCUUACCAUAAUGCCACCAUUGGCAUUGGUCGAACAUUCCAGUCUGAGAAUCCACAAAAGGUACUCCAGUUUCUUGACACGGACACGCUGGACGGAGUGGAGUCAGCUAUCACAGAGAGUUUCCUCAGACUCAUAGGUGGUGUCAAUAUGAGCAAUGGUAAUUCCGCGGAGACGACUCACCUAUGGACUAUUGAGCCAGAAGUCGCCCUCGAGAAAGGCAAAUACCUCGUUCCAAGACUCUUCCCAGAUACGAAGCGCAACGACCGGCUGAAUGCUCUCAGACGCAAGGUGGAGACGCAAGCUGCUGUUGCAACGCAGCCGAUUGCCAUCACCAGAUCCUUGCAGACUGACGGUCAAGUCGCUUAUACAGCGGAAGCAGUCCACCGCCAUAGAGAUUUCAAAGAGGAUACGGCGGAUGCAGUUACUAUUCAAGUGGAACUUUGCUCGAUGGACCCUGUCAUUCCCAGGAUUGACGAUGAGGAUCUAUUCUGCUGCAUUGGACGCACGUCACAAGGAUCACGAGUUUUUGGUCUUUCACCAUCCAAUGCCUCCGUCGUAACAGUGCCACGGGAAUGGACGCUACAAGUGGACAUGGAUACGCCGCAAGAUGAUGGUACUUUUAUCACUGAGAUGCUGAACGAGAUCAAGGCUCUUGUGAUCGCCAAGUCCAUUCCCCACGGAUGCACUACCCUGAUUUACGAACCUGAUGCACAUCUUGCUGCUUCCUUGCGGAGGCCCGGCCGAUCAGCUAUUUCGUCCGUCACCUUCAAAGUCAGCUCAACAGGGUCAAUCACAUGCAGCAAUAUUUUCAUCGAACCGCAUGCCUCUACGAAGGAGGUUCAAGCGAAACUACCCCCCAAAACUAGGAUGCUCAUCCACAUGGGACGCGGGACCGAGACACGCAAGUUCUCGGCUCUCAGACAAGCUCUGCCGCCCCACGCUACCGUUGUUGCUUUCAAUGACCUUGGCGCUCAUGAAAUUAGCCCUCGUGAGUUGCUUGCAGAGGCCUUGUCAGUUGUACAGGGCUCUUCUCCAUCCGAGAAGUUUUCUAAUGACCAUAUUAAUGUGGUAAAAGCCUCUGUUUUGGUUGCUGAGGGUGUUAAGGGACGUGCCAAUGCUGCUGUCGUUGACUGGACAGGAGCUCAGAGCAUUACCCUUAGCCAGAGACCGGUGGACACUCGAAACUUAUUCUCUCCUAAUAAGACAUAUCUUCUUGUCGGCCUCACCGGGCAAAUUGGUCAGUCCAUGUGUCGCUGGAUGGUACAAAACGGAGCUCGCCAUAUCGUCGUCACAAGUCGGAACCCCGACAAGCAAGGACAGCUCUGGAAGGAAGAGUUACUCAGGCAAGGAGUAAAUAUUGUCAUUGAAGCAGUUGACGUUACCAAAAAGCAUCACCUCGUGGAGCUCCGCACUCGCAUUGCCAUCACUAUGCCUCCAAUUGGUGGGAUUGCUAAUGGCGCCAUGGUGUUGGACGACAAAUUGUUCAUCGACAUGCCUUUUGAGAGUUUCCAAACUGCCAUGAAGCCUAAAGUGCAAGGUUCCAUCUACCUCGAGGAGGUUUUCUCUGCUGAUGACCUUGACUUUUUCCUAUUCUUCUCGUCCAUUUCGGUCAUGACGGGUCAGCGAACGCAGGCCAAUUAUGUCGCUGCCAACAACUUCAUGGUCGCUAUGGCUGAGCGACGAAGGGCCCAUGGUCUCCCUGCUUCUGUCAUCGAUAUUGGCAUGGUCGUCGGUAUCGGUGUGAUUCAGAGAUCACAAAAUGACAAAGGUGUCAGCACGAUGGAGAACUCGAUCCGACAGAUGGAUUAUAUGCCAGUAUCUGAGACCGAUCUGCAUCAUCUCCUCGCCGAGGCCAUACUCGUCGGUCAGAGUGAUGAGUCCCCGGAGCUAAUCACAGGGUUGGAGACAUACAAGCCCGUCACAGGAGAGGCUCCCUUCUGGCACAAAAAUUUGCGAUUUUCUCAUCUCAUCACUGACCCUGAUGCUACUCAAGCAGGUGCAGACUCUCUUGGUAGCGCUCAGAAAUCUUUGAAGGAGAUGCUGCUCAGCUCGGGCGGACCAGAGGAAGCGAGAAAGGUUAUGGAGAAUGCUCUCUUGGAAUACCUAGCGUCCUCACUCAAGCUGUCACGCGAGACCAUUUACACCGAUGUGCCCAUAAUUGACCUCGGUAUCGAUUCCCUCGUAGCCGUCCAGAUUCGGAACUGGACCUGGGCCGAAGCCGGGUACGACCUUCCAGUAUUGAAGAUACUGGGCGGAUCUUCGGUCGCGCAGAUUUGUGAUGAGGUAGUCUCAUCUCUGUCUUUUGACAAGACUUCGAUCGCGGCCGCCAAGAUCGAAAGUCAAGCAGCACCGGUUCAGAAGGCUCGCCCUUGGGAUAAACCACCAACGGAUACAAAGCCAAUGGACGACGUGGUAGCUGCACCCAGGUCCGAUAUGGUCACAAAUGGUCAAAACGGUUUGCCAAACGGAACACCGAAGCAGUCCUUAGACCUUGCCGUGAGGCCCAAGCCUCUCCGAAGGCCUCAAGCUCGUGGUAGUGCCGCAAAGAAAAACCCUCGUCCAACUCCGAUCAGCAUACAGCCGUUGUCGUUGGGCCAAUCCAGGCUCUACUUCCUAUCUCAAUACAUGGACGAUGAUACCGUCCUGAACUGCACCAUAUCCUACACCCUCUCCGGGAAGCUGGACGUGCCUAAGUUCGAGCAGUCUAUCAAUGAGGUCGUUCGGCGUCAUGAGGCCUUGCGCACUUCAUUUUACACGGAUGAGAAGCACGGAAAGCCUAUACAGGGAGUGCUCGACAAGUCACCAUUCCAACUCAAGGUUGUUCCCGGUGUCAGUGACUCGUCCGAUAUCGAGAAGGAAUUCGAUUUGAUCCGCUAUCGUCACUACGAUCUCGAGCAAGGAGACACUUUUGCAGCCACCAUCCUGUCACACCGUCAGGAUUCUCACACUCUGAUCUUCGGAUACCACCAUAUCAUCAUGGACGGGUUCAGCUGGCAGAUAUUCCAGAAGGACAUGGCCAUGUUUUACAACACCUCGGGCUCUGUGGACUCGGCACAAUAUUUGCCUGCUCAAUACUCCGAGUUUACUGCCAAGCAACAACAAGACCUGUCCGAUGGAGCCUACGCCGAAAGACUCCGCUUCUUCCAAGAGCAAUUCCGAGAGCCUGUCGAGCCUUUGCCUCUUUUCCCUUUUGCCAAAGUCGGCACACGUAAGGCUGUGAAGCAGUACGCUGUUCAAGAGGUUGUCACCCAUCUCGAUGCCUAUGUGGUGACCGCGAUAAAGAAGGCGAGCCAGACCUCUCGCACCACUUCUUUCCACUUCUAUCUCUCUGUUUUCCAAGUGUUACUGCACAAACUCCUGGACACAGACAAGAUGUGCAUUGGGGUGGUAGACGCCAACCGGUCCGACCAGAAGUUUGUGAACUCUAUCGGGUUCUUCCUAGAAACCAUCCCCUUGUUGUUCAAGGUCGAUAGCCAGCAACGGUUCAUCGAACUUCUGAAGGAAACACGCAGCAAGGCAUAUGCUGGUUUGGCACAGACCGGUGUUCCUACCGAGGAGAUUCUGAGAGCUUGUGGUGUCGCAUCGUCAACAACAGAAACGCCGCUCUUCCAAGUAUGCUUCAAUUACCGCAUGGGGGCUGGCCGCACCGCUCCGCUCCAGGGAGUUGAGAUGAAAUUCUUGGACUAUGUCGACGCUCAGAACCCGUUCGAUCUCGUUUCGACCGUUGAUGAGCUAGACGACGGAACUGCCAUGAUUACCCUAUAUCUACAAGAUUACUUGUACGACCAGGAGGGUGCUCAACUCCUUGCCAGCAUGUACGCAGGCAUGCUUGAGGAAUUGGCAAAGAACACAGACCGUCUAGUUGGCUCCGUGUCGAUUUCCAACGUGGCCUUGGAGGGCGAGGCCAUCAGACUUGGUACCGGGCCGAUCUUGGACCUUGCAGCUCCUUCUGUUGGCACUCUGUCAAAGAUCGUCAAUACAUGGGUAGACAAGGACCCCCACGCUCUGGCCGUCAAGGGCACUACCGGCAAGACAAAGACAUACUUGCAGCUCUUGGAAAGGUCCAACGCUAUUGCCGCAUCGCUACUGAACACCGGCGCAACGCCUUCCAAUCCCAUUGGUGUCCUGCUUGAGCCCAGUGUAGACACCAUCGCCACGAUCCUCGCCAUUCUCCGCAUUGGAGCUGCCUAUGUACCGCUCGAUACCAGGAGCUCAGAUGCACUGCUUGCUGAUAUUCUGCAAGAAUCCCAACCAGCAAUUGUGGUCCAUCACGCCGUAACCGCCCAACGCAGCAAGAAGCUGCUCGGAAGCUCCUCCAAAACCAAGGUGGUCACUCUCAAUGCCGUCCCUCAAAAGACCAUCAGAAAGAUUCAAGACAUCUCAGCCCCCGGCGGCCUUGCAAUGAUUCUUUACACUAGUGGUUCUACAGGUAGGCCAAAGGGCAUUCCGCUCACUAAUGCCAACAUCCGGACCCCUAUCCUUGGUGUUUCGGAGAGGGUGCCACUUGGACGAGAGGUGGUCCUCCAACAGAGCGGACAAGGGUUCGAUGCUGCAGUCUACCAGAUUUUUAUUGCGCUUGCCAACGGCGGCACCUUGAUCAUGGCCGACAAUAGAGAUGAUCCUGCAAAACUUGCCGCUCUGAUGGCUCAUGAAUCCGUUACUUGCACCACCCACGUUGUCUCCGAGAUGCAAGCUCUGUUGAAGUAUGGGUACGAUCAGCUUCGCAACUGCUCUUCAUGGCGCAUUGCAAUGGUUGCUGGCGAGGCAUUCACAGUUCAUCUCUUGGAGCAGUUCCGCGCGCUCAACCGACCUGACUUGAAGGUUAUCAACGCGUAUGGUCCGACUGAAGCGUCUAUCUGCUCUUCCUUGGGCGAAGUGUCCUUGGAAAAAAGCGAAUCAACCGAAACCAGCAUCCCGAUCGGAAAGGCCAUUGCCAACUACGGGACCUAUAUCGUGGAUCAAGAGUGCAGACCUGUUCCUCUUGGUUGGCCUGGUGAGGUCGCAAUUGCUGGGCCGGGUGUUGCUAGUGGCUAUCUAAACCGCCCUGAGCUGACCCAAGCCAAAUUCAAGACGUCAGCCUCUCUGGGAGGUGUUUUUGGAUUGGACUCUCUUUAUCUUACCGGAGAUAAAGGCCGUAUGCUUUCCGACGGCUCCAUCGUGCUCUCGGGUCGCGUCGAUGGAGACGAUCAGGUCAAGGUUAGAGGUCAUCGAGUGCAACUCGGCGAGAUCGCCAGAGCUCUUGUCCAAGCAUCCCGAGGCGUCUUUGCGGAUGCGGCUGUGCUCCUGAAGGGAGACGAUUCAUCAAAGCAACAGCUCGUUGCCUACGUCGUCUUCUCGCGAACCAGCAAUAUUCAGGACAAGCAGACAUAUCUCCGUCAACUUAACCAGGAACUCCCAGUUGCAGCUUACAUGCGCCCGGCAAUCAUCAUCCCUCUGGAUACUCUGCCGGUGACCGACCGUGGCAAGCUUGACACUGGGAAGCUGGCGUCGUUGCCUCUACCCAACAUUUCGGUUGAAUACGACGCGGAAGAGCAGCUUACACCAACCGAGGCGAGAUUGCGAGACGUUUGGAAGAAUGUCUUGGGUGACAUAGCUGCAUCUAUUCUAAUCCGUCGUAGCUCUGACUUCUUUUCUGUUGGUGGUAACUCUCUGCUUCUGCUGGCUCUGAAGGCUGAGAUCUCUCAAAUCUUCGGGGCUGAACUUGCGGUCUCCGAACUUUUCCAGGCCAGCACGCUUGAGCUUCUCGCUGCGCGACUCGAUGGUACUUCUUUAUUGGCGCAGAUCAAUUGGGACGAGGAGAUUGCUUUGGACGAGACAACAUUCACACAAACUCCGGCUACCAACGGAGUCAAUGGCCAUGGAUCAUCCAAUGGUCAUUCGGACGGAAUAUGUGUUCUCCUUACUGGCGCCACAGGCUUUUUGGGAGGUCACAUUCUGCGCCAACUAGUCGAACUGCCCAGUGUCGCGCACGUUCACUGUGUGGCCAUUCGUCCCAACAAGGAUGGUGUACCCCGACAAUUGAGCGUGGAUUCCCCCAAGGUCGUCCGUCACUCUGGUGAUCUUGCACUCUCCAAUAUGGGCAUGAGCGAGUCCGAAUUCUUGAAUCUAUUCAAGGGUAUCGAUAUCAUCGUCCACAACGGAGCUGAGGUCUCACACAUGAAGAACUAUCGCAGUCUUCGCGCUGCCAACUUUUUGUCGACCAUGGAGCUGGCACGUGCGGCUGUGCGCUAUGGCAUCCCAAUUCAUUACAUUUCCACUGGAGGUGUAGCGCGUCUGAGUGGCGCCGAUGAGCAGCCCGAGACAUCGCUCGCAGCGUUCCAUCCUCCCAUCGACGGAUCGGACGGAUACGUGGCGUCCAAAUGGGCCAGCGAGGUGUUCCUUGAAAAGAUUCAACGACGUUUCCAAGGGCAGGUAUGGAUCCACCGGCCGAGCAGCAUCACCGGUGACGAUGUUCCCGACAAUGAUAUUGCGCAUAGUCUGCUCAAGUUCUCUCGGGAGUUAGGGGCUGUACCCGAUCUCACCGGGACCGGGUUCUUCGACUUUAUCAAAGUUGAAACUGUUUCAAAGAACAUUGCUGCCUGCGUUGUCAAGAGCAACGAAAAGAGUGGUGGUGAUCUGGUGUAUCUUCACCAGAGUGGUGAACAAGUUAUCCCUGUCGGAGACUUGCAAAAGUAUGUGGAGGAAUUGGAAGGGAAGCCAUUGCAGGUGCUGCCCUUGAAGGAGUGGGUGGAUUUGUCAAUCCGCAAGGGCUUGGACGAGGUUUUGGGGUCCUACAUGUUGGCCUCCAAGGGGGUGAUUCGGGUACCUCUGUUGCAAAAGGGUCAUCCUGCUGAGUAG